UGCCCGGACGUUGGGUGCAGAGCAGGGUCCCACAGAAGAGAAGGAACACGAGCCCCAGCCCUGCCACCGGGGCCAGCCAUCUCCUCCAAGCACCAUGAAGAUGCACUUCAGCAUCCCAGUGUCCCAGCAGAAGCUGGACACACUGGGGGGUCGCUACGUGCUGUACUCUGUGUACCUGGAAGGGUUCCUCUUCUGCAAGGUGCGCUACAGCCAGCUGCAUCGCUGGAACGAGCAGCUAAAACGUGUUUUUGGAAAUUGCCUGCCGCCUUUUCCACCAAAGUAUUACCUUGCAAUGACUACAUCUAUGGCUGAUGAGAGGAGAGAUCAGCUGGAACAGUACCUGCAGAGUGUCCCUAUGGAUCCGAAAAUCUUGAGAAGUGAAGUCUUCAUCCACUUUUUUACAUUGCUACAGCAGGACACAUUUAAGAUCACCACCAAGAAAGUCUUUCUGGAUGUAUUUCUGCCUGAUGGAAGGAAUAUCCGCAUUGAAAUUCUAACCUCUGACACUGCUGAAAGAGUCCUAGAGAUUGUGUCAUACAAGACAGAACUGUCUCGGGAGCUCAUUGGGUAUUUCAGCUUGUUCCUGAUCCAGUCCCAUAGCGAUGGAGCCUUGUCUGUAAUGAAAAAAAUGGCAGAAUUUGAACUCCCAUAUGUGAGUCUUCAAAGCACAGAAGUGGAAAACUGUAAGGUUGGACUUAGAAAGUGGUAUAUGGAUCCAUCCCUUGACUCCAUGCUUAUGGACUGCCAAACUGCUGUCAAUUUGCUAUAUGGACAGGCAGUUCAGGAAAUUGAAAAAAACUGGGCCAAACCAACACCGGAGCAAAGGCAGGAAUUAGAAGCCCUGAGGAAAGCAGGAAACCAGACAAAGUUUUUGGAGCUGGUCCAGCAGGUGCAGCACUAUGGAUACAUGCAGCUCGAUACUUGUACCUGUGAUUACCCAGAACCUGGCUGUGUGGCUACUGUGUCAGUGGGCAACAAUGAGAUCAGCUGCUACAUAAAGCUACCUGGCAAUCAGACGCAAGAGGUUAACUUCAAGAUGAGCCAUAUAAAGUCCUGGCAGGUCACCUUCCUUGGAUCUUUGCUGGAGGAAGCAGAUGGUCCUCAGCAAACCCUCAACCAGAACCUGGAGCUCAGGUUUCAGUACAGUGAAGGCUGCAGUUGGCAGUGCUUCACCAUUUACACCAAACAGGCUUUUUUGCUGAGUAGCUGCUUGAAAAAGAUGAUAUCGGAGAAACUGACGAAGCUAGCUGCAGAAAACCCAGAAAUGCAGAUUGAAGACCCCCUGGAGCAAGGCAAAAGUAAGAAAUCCUACCGUCAACAAAGCCAGAUAAACUAUUUUGAUUUUCCAACAAGAAAAAGCAAGAUUGCAGUUAAGUCAACUGAAGAGGACUGUGUGUUUGAGACUAUAAGGGAAGAAGAUCUUUGAAGAAGAAAAAAGAAUCAGCAUUUCCACUUUCUUCCUUUAAAGUAAAUCACUUGAAACAGCAGACUGUGUAAUAACCAAAAGUUGGCUUUACAUCGCCAGGGGAAGAAAUUUGACUCUUUUGACAUUUAGAUUAAAGUUUUACUAUACGAGGUGUGGGUUAUAACUCAAUGUAAAUCAGAGGAUGAGAAAGAAAUGGGAGGAACAUUUGUCUAGAUUUUAAGGUCAAGCAGCAAAACUGUGUUUGGAAAUAAAUACACAUUCCAUCUUUCCCCUAAAACAAAUAUUUACCUACAAAGCCUCUACUUCAACUGCUGAUAGUAUGGGAAUUCAUCCACGUAACACAAUAAGUAAACAGCUGCAGCUGGUAAAAUUAUCAGGCUAAAGAGGAUCCCUAGUAGAGUUUACAACACUACCAAUUGCCUGUACCUUAGGCAUGGAAGAAAUGAAGAGUCUCUGAGUAUACUGUUUAGGGAUAAAAGAAAUAUUGGAACUUUAAAUGACUGGAUUAUGAAUGGAUUAGAGAGUGGGUAGAAAAGCUCAAAAUGCCAUCUUACCACAGCUGCUGUUGUGUUGAGGCUUGUUAGCUUGUGCACCUAGGGGAGAGUCUGAAUGCAUGAAUCUACUCUUCUAAAGAAGUGGGAAACAUGGGAGGGAAGGCUGAACUUCACUAAUCUGCCCACAGAACUAUGGGGAGGCGUGAUUUAAGUUAUUAUUUUGAUCAAAUACCUUUUUUUUGCUUUAAUGUCAUUCCAAAGCCUACCGAUAUUGCUGGGGGACAUUCUGAAACAAAUCUGUGGGCUCUCCUGGCAGCAUGUUUCUGUGCUAUUGUAGCUCAGGAGAGGGAUUUAAGAACUCAAUAGAAAAUCUUAAUGUUGGAAAUGAAUGGUUUGAAAACCAGGGGAGGCCUCAUGUUUUGUCAGCUUAGAAACUAAAUCUCUCAUCCCCCCAAACAGGUACAGUAUGCUGCUGGUUCUUUUGCUGAUCCAUUUUUAGUAAAUUAAAAAAAAACAUGAUUACUAACAUAAUUCCAUGGUAUGGAAUUAGGGCCACAGUAAGGGGAAGAGCUAGAUAUACAUAGAGAAAUUUUGUUUUGGGUUUCCUAUGUGCAUAAAUAUUGCAGUGUGCCUAUAUCUAACUGGUAUAAUGCUAAAAAUAUGAAAUGUGUAACAUGGAGUUCUGAAGUUGUUGAUGGCUAU